GGAAUUACUGACUCAGGCAGAAGGGAAUUCAGUGUUCAAGCCUGAGCAGGAAACUGGAUCACAGCUCCACACACAGACAAGGAUCCCACAUUUACAAACCAAGAGCUCGGGCAAAAAACAACCACCAACGCCGCUAUUUACGCUGCAGAGAUGCAAAAGGACAAAUCUCACCAGUGGGGAGCUGCUGCAGAGGCCUACGACCAAGAGGACUGAAAACGGACGCUUUGGGGAACCUGGGAAAUCAGCCUGAAAGGGACAUGGCUAACUUUCUGAGAGGACUUAUAUUUUGUUUAAUGGCAGCACAGACUAGUCAGCUUGGAAAUGGAACAAAGACUGCUCCACCAAAAAGUAUGAGGGGUUCCUUAAAUAAAUCUAAUUACACAGUCCAGCUGCCUGACCCUUUCCAUGCAAACACUGACCCUCACCUGGAUGUGGACCCUGAGGGCCCAGUGACGGUUUAUACCACAGGGGUCCUCAGCACUUGGGUUAUACCUUUAUCAUACAUCCUAACCAUCCUGGUGGGCAUCCCCUCCAACACCUACAUUCUGGCUUUCCUCAGAGUCAGACUCACUUCAAAGACCAUCUCCACUGUCGUUCUUUACUUGAACCUGGCGCUGUCGGACCUGCUCCUGGUGCUGUCUCUUGCUCUACGCGUUCACUACCACCUAAACGCAAACGACUGGGUAUUUGGUGAAAUCUCUUGCAGACUUAUCACGGCUUUAUUUCAUGGAAAUGUUUACUGCUCUGCUCAGACUAUAGCCUGCAUCAGCUUGAAGCGCUACCUGGCUGUGGUCAAGCCGUUUCUUUACAGACGGCUGGCUAAAACCAGCCUGGCGGUGUGGAUGUGCCUGGUCGUGUGGUUUCUCUAUGGAGCCGCUAUUGUUCCUGAGCUCCUGGUCAGGCAGAGCUUCCAUAUCACAAAGCUAGACAUCACAACAUGCCAUGAUGUACUUCCACUAGAUGAACCUUCUCAUUCUCUGCUGGUGCCGUUCAGGCUGGUGCUAGUUUUUCUGGGCUUCCUGCUACCCUGCAUGGUUUGUAUUUACACCCACAUGGCCGUGGUUUAUCACCUGGAACAAAGUUCCUGUGACUGGAAAUUGUUCAUCAGAGUGAGCACUCUGGUUUUUAUCAACUUCGUGGUGUGUUUUCUCCCCAGUUGUAUCCUGCAUACAGCCCACUACAUUCGCCUGUUUCAUAGUGGCGAUGACACACUGUAUGGAUACUAUAGAUUAGCGGUUUGUCUCUGCUGUUUCCACAGUUGCCUGGAUCCUUUCCUCUGCAUGCUCCUUUCCACAGCAGCCGACUCUGAGCUACAAUUUAUCCCCUUUAACAGGAGACUUUGAAAUGCCUGCAGUAUGAGACUGAACAUUUAUGCACUAGACGGAAAAAAAAAGAGACUAUAUCUUUGACUAUUGCAGCACAAAAGAGAAGAAAGGGGAGGCUUCUGGGUUUUAAAUAUUUUGAUGAUGUUCGUGAGUUUAUCUGAUAGGCUUAUGAACACCUUGGAAACUCAAUGACAGGAAAUGUACUAAAAACAUUUACAACAAUAGAGAAAACCACAAAUUGGAUUAAAAUAGACACAAUAAUAUCAAUAUUUUAUAUGUUUGAUAUGCCAAUCUUGUGUCAGACUACUAAGUGAUGCUACGUUAAUCAAAGACAAAUUUGAGCGAACAUUUCUGCCAAUACUUAACCCUCUGAAAUUAAGUUGUUGGGGAGGUUAAAGCUGAAUAGAAGGGCCAAACAUUGAAGUCACUGAGCUCCAUGAGGUGGGAGACAGAGUUAGGACUCAAGAGGGAAAGAAGAGAACAGAGAAAGUGUCCACAUCUUUGGCAUCUCCCAAAAAAUUGCUCAUGAGAUAUCUGUGUUUGUUGUCUCCUAAACAAUAAAAUGGCAAUUCCAGCCUUCAUAUAUGCACAAAUCUGCCCCGUUCAACAUGAAAUGAGAUAAUCAAUCCUGGUAGAUGUGAAAGCAUUAAACAAUGAAUCCCAGCAUAUGAAUGCCCUACGCUGUUCAAAAUUUACUGGUUAAACUCUUAAAAUUCACUUUCCUUUCCUUGGAGAUUCUUUAAGUAGAAUUUAAGCAUUUCCACCAAGGUUGUGAGACUGGUAAUCUAAUCGAUUACCAACUCUGUAAGACUUUGAUUUUAAGCACCGGUAGCUGAGUGUAAAUACUGUGUUUAAGUAAACAGAAAACAUGACCUGCAGGGCAAUACACACUGGAGGAUGGCUGAUAUUCAUCCAGUAAGACAAAGUUUAGAAUACCUGCUGCAAAAAAUACUUUAAUGAUCCCAGAGGGUUAUUAAAUUAAUAAUCCAAGGUUCUACAUCGAUUCCAGGAUUAUUUUCUCGGUUUAAUUCGACUCUGAUUCCUGAAGUGGAAAACUACCCCUUAACGCUACCAGGGGUUCUGACAAGGUUUGUGCAGUGGAGACACUAUUUUAACUGGAAUAGAGCUGGUAACCAACAAUCCUGCAUUAAUCAGCAUUUUUGUCAAAGUUUUCACUUGGACUAAUAUUAUUUGGCCUGAACAAACAUGCACUUCUAUACUUUCUAGAUCCAUUCUUUUGUAAAAAUGUGUUUUCAAUAAUAGGUGAAUAAAAAAUGUGGAUGUAUACAACCUACUGUAUUAAUAAAACAAUUUCAAAAACAGUAAAAACUGUUUUAAAACAAUGAGCAAUGAUUUAAGCUUAAAAAAAUGAUUUCAUGGACACUUUAAAUGUAUUUUUCCAAAAAAAUUACAAAAAAAAUAAAAAUAUAUAUUGAUGAUGAUGAUUGUGACAAACCUGGCAGAGAAGCUGUUUGAUGUGAUGAAGUGUGUCAUGGUAGUGCUUUGCUAUGGCUGGGUUUACUCCCGUCAGCUUGGCUGUAGGGAGGAGCAGAGCAGCGAGGGUCUGCUGGUGAUCUCCUGAGUUUAGGGCCUCAUUGAUCUCUGCAAUAGCUAUGAUACCUGCAGAUUGACAAAAAAAAACAACAACUCAGUCGAAAUUAAAUUACAUCUAUGAUUUAAUCAUUUUUAUUUGAAGCCUCUUCCUGCAUCUGCUGCAUUGAACCUUCGGUAUUUAAAAAAUUUUUUAACACUGAGAGGUUAUUUUUAACAAAAGGCGAAAGAAAGCUGCGAUUUUGUGGACCAGAAACAAAGUUUCUUACGUUCGUGCUCCUCUUGGACCUGAACGUUGACCAUGUCAAUACAUUUCUGAACAUCGUUCCAAGUGAGAAACUCUUGGCUCUUGGAAAGAGUUUCAGCUCGCUCUUCAAUAAGCAUGUCAGCAUACCUAAAAAAGGAUUAUAAAGAGUU